AUGGACAUUGGCGCGCACUGCUCGAUCUCUUCCUGCCACCAGCAGGACUUUCUGCCGUUCACGUGCGACUGCUGCCGCCGCGUCUUUUGCCUCGACCACCGCAGCUACGACGCCCACCAGUGUCCAAGCGCUGGCAGCCACGACCGCCGCGUCGUGCAGUGCCCCGUCUGCUCGCAAUUGAUCCACUGGACGGCAGAGCAAGAUGUGAAUAUGGUGUGGGACACGCACGUGCGAAAGGGGCAAUGCGCUCGCCAGGAGCUCCAACACGAGCAAGCAAAAAGGCACGAGGUGCAACAUAAGAAGAAGAAGAAGAAACGCUGUGCCGCUCCCGACUGUCGGGAAGUGCUGCUCGCGUCCAACCAGUUUUCGUGUCGAAAGUGCAGCCAAGACGUGUGUCUACGGCACCGAUUCGAGUCCGAUCAUGCCUGUGCGAGUGCAAGACAAGCGUCACGACGGCAGUGGCUCGGGCGGUUCGAGACGUCCGAGGCGAGUCUUGCUACAAGGACGAAGAGAACGUUACCGUCUCAGUUGCCUCGGAGUGCACCGCAAAUAGCUGCUUUAGUUGUCGAGAGCACCAAGCAGGCAGUUUCGUCGCUUGUGCAGAACGUCAAGACUGCAGCCAGUACUACUGCCGUGACGACGACGUCUGAAGUCUGUCCCAUCUGUCGGCAGCAGCUUCACGACGUGAGCCAGCUCAUUGCACACGUAGAUCGAGCCCACAGUGACUGGACUGGCCAGACCAGAGCGUCUUCUGCAGCUCCUCCUGAGUCAGCUGUGUCUACUGGAACACCUUUGGUUGAAAGAGAAGUGUGUCCGCAAUGCCGAGCUGACUUUCCGACUGUGGCUGCACUUAUCCAGCAUGCUGAGACCACGCACUCGAGUGCUGUAGCUGCCACUGGACGUGGCCACGAUCAGGAAAAGCGCAACGUGAUGUAG